AUGGCGCCUCCCUCGUCGGCGAUCCCGUCCGCGGCUCGAUUAUCGUCCCUAGCGACGUCGACGCUGUCGCAGAUUCUCGAACUCACACGAGCAGCCCAACUGUCCCUGCCUUCGACCUCGCUCUCAUCAACCAUCUCCAAGAACCUGUCACAGCUCUACAGAGGAAUCGAGCUUCUCGAUGGCCAGGACUCGGAGUCGCCGCAGGUCAUGACCGAGCUCAAAAGCCAGUACCAACGCCUGAUCAAGCUCGUCGAACCGCUCGGCGUCGAGGUCGAGUUCGAUGGGCAAAAGGGCAAGGGCAAGAGUAAGGGCAAGGGCAAGAACAAGACCGGGAGUAAGACGGGCAAGCUCGUUGAUGCGGGAGACGACGGUAGUGACGAGCCAUUCGGACUGGGCGACGACGGCGAUUCCGACGAUGAGGGCAGCGACGACCAAGGCGAUGACGAUGACGAUGACGAUGGAGCUCUCUCGCCCAAUCAGUGAGUACCCCUCGAUGGCCAUGUCUUACGUCAACUCAUGUCUGACCCGUCCUCUGCCGCGCCUCUAGAUCCGGAGUAGCCCUGCAUACCCUGUCCUCGGCAACAAAUCCUCACGUCGCGAUCAAGUUCCCGCCGAAUCCGGAAAGCGAACUCGAGCAGAUGGAAGAGGACGAAGAGACACUACGGAGAGCAAACGCUGAAGUGGUGCAGAUGCAGAAGCGUAUGAUCGAAGGUGCGUUUCAAUCUCGUGGCAAGAGUGAGCAGCCAGCGGGCAAGAUGCUGACCUGAGCUCCUGGGCGAUCCACCAGAUCAAGAUGAAACCCUCAACUCUUUAUCCUCGGCGAUAGCACGGCAGCACUCGCUAUCACAGCACAUCUCCUCCGAACUCGAACAACAGUCAGGUCUGCUCGACGAAACCGAUUCAGCCAUCGACCGAACACAGAUUGGCCUCCGUCGCGCAAGCGGGAGAUUGAACCAGUUCACUCGGAAGGCGAAGGAGACGGGUUCAACAGGCCUCAUCAUUGCUCUUGUCGUCUUGCUACUAAUUUUGAUUGUCGCGUUCAAACUCUGA